UAAUCCGUGAUCAUAAUAAAUAAUAAAAUUAACCUCUAACAUCUACACUGUGAACAUUAAUAACUGUUUUUUUCAGUUUAUAAUUUUUUAACUUCAUGCUUAAUUAUAAAUGAAAAAUGGAAUCUUUUGAUGUUGAAACCCAGAAGUCUUACACCUACUUAAAAGAAGUAGAAACAGUAGCUCAAGAUAUUUUAACAUUGAAAGAUAUGAAGUUGGAGCUGUCGAAUGCCCAAAAUAAAUUCAGAGAAGCUCUGAGAGCGAUUGAACAUUCAGAUGAACGUACUGUGUGGAUGAAAGAAGGUUCCGUAUAUAUUCAGAGGCCGAGACAGGAAUGUCUCAUUUUUCUGAGAAAAGAAAUAGAAAAGUCUCAAGAUGAUAUUACGGGUCUUCAAAAUUCCAUAAAAGAUAAACUGAAUGAACUGAGAGAUUUAGAGCAUGAACCAAGAAUAGUUGGGUUUGGUCUGAAGCCACUCUCAAUUAGAGAAGCAAAAACAUUACAUAAGGCCUUUGGAUCGGCUUAAUAUUUGUUGAGAUAUAACAAAUUAUAGAAUAUUCUACAAAAUGUACUAUUGUAAAUAUUGUAAAUAGCCAAGCCAAUUUCAGUUAUGAAUAAAUCAGCUUUGCCUA